UGUUAGGAAUGGUGGGAGUUGAAGUCCAAAACACCUGGAGGGAAGGCCCAAGUUUGCCCAUGCCUGCUCUAUCCUACUGACCUCCCUUGUGCCUGUUUCUAUAAGAACGAAUUGCUCUCCCCUCCUCGCUAAAAGAACCAGCCAAGCAACUUUACAGGAAAAGGAAGAACGGAAUAGUUUCAGUUUCAAUUCUUCGUUGCGGAAAGAGCCUCGUUGCAGCAGAGACGCGUCCCCCGUCCGCCACCAUUUAAGUAUUUUUAUCCGGCUGGCUGUAAAGUGUGGCAUCAAAUCCUCAUUGGAUUUUCGUUGAAGCAGAAGCGGAAGCAGAAGAAAUACCCAAAGGAAAUGGCUUCAAAUCCAGACAAUAUUAGAAAUCCUAUAUAUGACACACUUGAAAACAUAAAUGAUGUCUCAGCACUAAAUGAGAAGGAGGAAAACCCGGAUUUGAAUCCAGAUAUGAGCAAUGGAAGAGCACGUGGUGGUAACAGAAAGAAAAGGAGAAAUAGGAAGCCCCAAAGAUCAGCUGCCAAUUGGAAAACUGUGUGCACUGAAAAAGGGAAAGGGGUACGAAGGAAGAAAAUACCUCUUCGGGGUUUCUCAAGACCAAUGCUGGAUGUCAGCUGUAAAGAAACGAAAGGUGUUUUGCAUAAAGAGAAAAUGAAAAAAGGUAUUUAUGAGAAAUGUAUCUUCGCUAAUGAACAAUGGUUCACAUUGUCAGAAUUUGAAGAAUUAGGAGGAUGUAAGAAAGCAAAAAGCUGGAAGAGAAGUAUUCGUUGUGGUAAUGUACCAUUGGAAAUAUUAAUAAAGAAAGGAAAGCUUCCUAAAUUUCCACAUCACAGAAAAGGAAAGAGAAGGGCUCCAGUUCAUCAGGCACCUCAGUUCCAGUCAUCAGAUGUCAUCUGUGUUGAUGAUCUAGACCAAGCCACAGGAUCAACAGCAUCUGUGUCACCAUCAGAGGAUGCAGACAUUCAAUCACAACAAUCACCUGGAUCCGAAGAUGUCAUUGUUGCAGCAGAAGGACCAGCCAUGGCUUCCGAGACAACUGCUUCCAAGUCUGUUGACAGUCUGUUUUCUAACCCACUCCCAACAUCUUUUGUCCCAGCUUCCACUUCUGCAUCAAACCAAAGAACUGGCAUCCCAAGUAACCUACGCAGAACAACAAAACAAUUAUUGAAUACUUCAUUGGAUUACAGAACCAUGCAUACGAAGCUCCAGGCCAUAAAGAAUCUACUGGGUGGCUUAAAGGAAGCCCUCAAUAUGUCUGUUGUGAAGAAACAAAUGAGUGACAUUUACCAGCAGACUCUACCACUGAAAACAUCAGUGGAGAAGAUCCAGAAAACUCUGGGCCUGGAAGAGCCACAACUAUAAGGAAAUAUACUUCCCUUACCACCUUUUCUUUAAAACCAUUUAACUCUUGUGAACGAUAGUUGUGAUGUUUGGUAUGCACUCUGGACUCUAUCACAUUAUAUCACCAUAACACUUUAAGUACCACGAUGACCUUCUGUGGAUUCUGGAAUUGGUAGUUUAGAGAGGUGCAAGAGAUCUGGCUGAGAAUAAUAAAAGCCCCUCCCUUAACUGCAGAGGCCAGAAUUUCAUAAAAGGUUGCCAUUGCAAUUAAAAUCAAAUAACAGUACUGUAACAGUGUAAUGUGAUAGGGACCUCGGUGUCUUCUUUAAAAGUCGGCACUUCAGCCAUUUGCAAGUAACUAAUGGAAAGAGAGUGUCAUGGCCAGCAGUCUGUCUGGCAUGGCUCAGCAACUACUGGGGGGCAGGCUUUCAGCAGAAACAGACUCCCCAACAUUUUAGGCAAGCGCCAGAAGGGUACUUUGAUUGUGCUUUUCAUGCAUGGCAGAGGUUGGACUAGAUGGCCCAUGUGGUCUCUUCCAACUCUGAUUCUAAGGGUUAAUCAUACCCCAUCCUUUGAAACAAGAAAAGUAUCACAGACGUCAGUAAUUAGAGGUAGGGACUAGAUGAGACGAGCUCCAGCUGAGAUCUCUAAAUAAAAAAGGCUCUGUGGAGCAGACAAUAUUGUAUUCUGACUCCAGAUCCUUGCUUUGUUACCCUUUGGUCUGUAUUCCUGGUUUCCUGACUUUUGACUUCUGGACCCUAAUAAUAGAAUUUCUGGCUUUUGACUUGUGGACUCUGAAUUUGGUUAUGUUUGCAGGAACUCCUGGCAUUUGACUUUUGGACAGUGACCUUGGAUACAGUUGGUUUCUGCCGGAAUCCUGCUCUGCUACUCCUUGGAAGCUUGGCUUUUCAGACCUUGAAUUGUGACUUUGGCUGUCAUUUGUUUUUGACCUUAUUCUAUAUAUCUCUGGCUUGACUGUGUUAAUUAGACUCUGAACUCAGCUUGACUCACUCUUGCUGUUUUGUGUUUGUAUUUCUGUUAUUUUGUCUGAACGUUCAUGGACUUAAGAAUUUGGAUUUCUAUAUUAAAGAACUCUGGUCUUUGG